AGUCGGCAAAGGACAGAAGAAAAAAAAAUAACACACUGAUUGUAAAUAUUGCGCGUGCUAGUGCUCCGGGUUAUUCAAUCCUGCAAAAGAGAGGCGAUAAGCGUUUUGGAAAUGCAGUCAACAAAACUACUUAUCGGUAUAGUAACAAACGCCAAUGCGUGCGCCGUACGCUGCCUAUCGUCCAAUAGUGCAGCCAUAGUGAAGGUGCACCGCAGUAUCUACGCCCGCCGGUAUCCCACCGUGAUGGUACUUCCGAAUGGAGCCACGAUCAACCUUAGCUAUCACGAGCCAAGAAGGAUAAUAAAGCUGCCCCUUGAUUUGAGUUUGCUGACGGAAGCGGAACGAAAAGCACGCAUUGAAAAGCGUAAACCCAAACUAAAGAUCCGUAUCGACGAUGAUGUUGAGGACACAUUCAAUGCCAACAAAUACUUGAAGUAUAUGAAGAAAAAAUAAGCCGUUUCUGUGGAAAUGACGUGCAUUAUAUAGCUUGUAAAUAGGAAGCAACACUAUGUAGGGUGAAGAAAAAAAGGAUACUAAUAAAUCUGGUCGCUUGCCGGUUUAGAAGCGCGUACAAAAUUGCA